AUGGACGACUUCAAACCCGAUCUGCUCAAGGCCUUGCUGGACUGGGUCAACACCUUUGACCUGCCUGGCAGGGUCACCGCUUGGAACCAGCUCGAGGAUGGCCAGAUACUGUGGCAGAUCCUCUCCGAUAUCGACUCCGAAUACUUUAAUGACUCUCUCCCCAACCUCGACGAAGGCGUGGACCGCCGCCGCUCCAUCACCGAUAGCUGGAUCCCGAAAUGGCAGAACCUAAAACACAUCGAGCGAGCCGUCUCGACAUACCUCCGCGAAGAAUGCGAGAAGCUGCCCGUGCUAAGCAGGCGCAUGAUACCUGACCUGAAGACUGGCGCUAGGGACGGCUCCAUGAUGCUGACGGCGAAGCUGACCAUGGCUGUGCUGAUGGCCGCUUGUACAAGUCCCAAGAGCGGCGAGCGUAUGUUGGGCGUCAUGGCACAAUUGGGCGAGUCGGCCAACACAAUUGGCCGCGGCAUACAGGAUCUAUUGGAAUUGGACAAGCGUAUGGCCGACUUGGGCGUCGAAAAGGAACUGACCCCAGAUCCAGCAAACCUCUCAGGCUACAGAACACCUACCAGGGCAGUCUCGGGCGCGGGAUCGACGGUGGGAAGGGACAACGACUUGGAGCAGGAGGCACAAUUGUUCGAGGCAACCAAAGAACGGAACGCGCUGAGGAACCAGGUCAAUCAAUUGAAAGAGGACACGGAGAAAAGCAAGGACAGGAUCUCCCAGCUGGAGGAAGAACUGGUCGAAGCCCGGUUGCAUCUUGAUGACCGGGGAGCCAAGGGAGCGUCUUCAGACGAUGUUGAAAGACUUCGAAAUGACCUACUUCGCGAGCGACAAUACAUCGACCGACUGGAAACGGACCACGCCAAUGCCAAGGAUGUGAUAGAAAGCUUGAAGAAACGCGCUGCAAGAUUUGAAGCUGAGCAUGAUGCAAAACAAGAACUCAAGGAUCAAUUGCAGCUUGUCAGAGCGGAGCGCGACGAGCUAGAGAGGAAAGCAAAGGCCAACGAGAAUCUUAAAAAGAAGAUUGAGUCUUUGUCAAAGGAAUCUAAAAACUUGGAAGCCGUGAGGCAAGAGUUGCAGCUGGCCAAGGAAAGGUUGCUGGAGCUCGAAGAAAUCGAAGAAAAAUGUGUGGCGCUCGAGAAGGUCAACAAAGAGAACAUUCAAACCCUCGUCAACUCUGAACAGUCCAUCUACGAGGAGAAGGGCAAAAGAGGUCGGCUCGAACACGACAAUCUCAUGCUCAUGAAAGAGCUGGAGCAAGCUAAGGAGUUUCAAUACAAAGCCGAAGAAGCUAAGCGAGAGCUGGAGGAUCGCAUUCGGGAGCUAGAAUCGUCUCACGGUGGGCGUGGAGGUACGCUGGAAGAUGAGCUUGAGCAAAACGAUAGCACAGAUCAUCUCGAUGUACCAAAUAGUGCCAAGGCAUCUGCAGACUACAAAGUCAGCGCAGACUCAAUCGCGCUACAGCAAAGAGUCGAAGUACUUACAGCAAGGCUGAGGAGCAUGGAGGCGGAGACACUCAAACAGAUGCAAGAGAAUCUGGGUCUCAAGAGUGAUAUAAUGACCAAUAAGGACGAUCAGAGCCAGAAACCGUUUCUCGAGCAAAACGAGAAGCUUCAAGCUGCAGAAGCCGAGCUUCAGGAGCUUGAAGGGAAACUACGCGACAAAGAUUUGCAGGUAGCAGAGCUGCAAAACAACCUCAACAAGAAGUCCGACCUGUCCGAGGAAGAAAAGGCCACUGCCCUUCAAGCAGAACAUGACCGGCUCCUCGCUUUGCAAAAUGCUGCGAACCAAAAGUUGCGCGAAGUCGAGAUCAGCAAAGACGAGGCGCGGGCUCUUCUCCUCCGUGCCCUUCUCGACCGCGAUAAUUUCAGCCCUGACCUACUCGAACUGCAAAGAGAGGAGACGUUGCGAAGGAUCAAGGAUCAAAUAGAGAGUGUGGUCAGAGCGCCCAGUGAGGUGCAACCGCAGGUAUUGGACGUCACAUCGAACGAGAUUGCAGAGACAGUGGGCAAGAGUAGAGCAGCCAUGGAAACUGUCAAGAGGGUAAGCAGCCGACAGUUUCUUAAAGAGGAGCUCGGGUCGCCAGGGGGAGCGCAGCCUGUGCCCGUAGCGUCGACGCAAAAAGAUGCAUCGAGUUUUCGAUCAAAGCAGCUCGAGGUAUCGGGAUCUGCUUCAACCCUUGUGUCAACACCAGGAAAAGGAAAGGUCAAGUCAAAGGAGUAUGACGAAUCCAUGUCAACCUAUAACGCAUCGACUCCUGUAUCCAUACGCACACCGAUGAAGACUUGGGGUGAUAGCCUGGCCAGACUUAUGAGAUCACCGCGUGCUCGCAAGGGACACAAAACGGUGGCAGAUCAGCUGGGUCAAUCUACCUAUAGCUUCGGCAUGACAAGUCUUUCUCUGGAUCUCGAAGACCAAAAGGCUACCACGGACAAGCUUCGUAUGGAGCUGGAGAAAGUCAAACAAGAAAGUGCAGAGAAGGGAUCGGUAUGUUUAGACCCUCUUGUUCAUAGUGGGAGUUAUUGGGGCUGUCAUGUGUUUUCACAACACUGGUUGCCCACAGUUUAUGCCCGCUAUUCCCACUCUGCAUGUGUCCGAACUGUGCUAAUCAAGGUUUCCCCCCAGGCUGAACUAAAUGCUGAGGUCGAGAAUCUGCGCCGCGAGAACAAGCUCAUCACAUCUGCCUGGUACGACAUGACUACGCGGUUACAGAGCAAUACAGUUAUCCUACAAAGGAAGAGUGAGGCACCUCGUAGUUGGCUAGGGAAGCAGAGAGCUGCUGUUGGUAAUGCCACAAUAGUAAGUCUCAUCUUUGCUCCAACGCUGGAACGGUUUUUUCCCCAUCAUGACCCAUGA